AUGUCAUCCGUUACACCAUCUGAAGCUAGUCGCUUCUCAGUUUCGCAUAACAUCGUUCAGAACCAAGAUGAGGAUGCAAAUAGCGAUUCUGCUUUGGUUAUACAAUCUGAUAUUAUUGAAGAAGAACGUGUCAGGCGUGAGCAUAUGCUUAAUCAUGCUCGCUCCCUUUUGGAUAGCCAGGGUCUGGACAAUGUCUGCAUUGACGUUGCAUUGAGUACGGAAUCCGCACUACAAAUUGAUACUGCAGAUAAUGGUAAGAAAUCCGCGUGCAUCACGUUGUCCAAGUCGAAUGCCAGUCGCUCUAACGUCUUCCCAGUUUCUUUCAAUAACCUUCACGGCUCAUCCAGUGGCUACGCAAGCCCAAAGAUAAGCUGUACUGUUGGAUCUUCUCAAGGGCGAGUUCAAGAGCAUAUUGAACAUUCGUCUGUCCCACAAGCGGCCGAGCAGUCUCAAAGAAGUCCCCGUAAACCGAUUCCCGCUCAUUGGCUUCCCAAAGCUGCCUGUCCAAACCUUGCGACUGCGCAACGUGCGAAAGAACGAACAUUGAAGAAAAGCUCCGAAAAUGGCUCCCCAAGAUCUGCAAAGGGAAUUCGUCCAACGCGGAGCUCUGUCGACCUGGGCAGAUCCCAUGGCAGAGAAGGUACAACAUAUCUGACGAAAGAGGCCCUGGAAGCCGUUGAGACCACAAGGACAUCCCCAAGAAAACCUCCAAGUUCUGUCAAAUUUACUAGUUCUGCUGCGAAGCCAGCAUGGAGCAGUCCUACAUCGCCGCUACGCAGUGUUGCAAGCCAGCAGUCCGGAUGCUCGCUCAAGAUGUCACCCACAAAGUCAUCGCAUCUUCCAAAUAAGUUUACGGCAGCAGAUCAUUCGCGAGUAUCAAAUAGUGUUACUGCCUCCAUAAGCAAGACUUCGUUUCAUACCACGGAUAGCUCACUGCAUAAACCUCCGAAUGUCAAUAAAUCAUUGGUCUCGCCAGUGAAAUUGAAGAGUGAGAACCAGCCAAUCUCCAAGACCAAAGUUUCUCUUCGUAUCGUUGUGCCGAACGCAAGUACAAGCCAAGAUAAAGAUCUUAAGAUAUUGAGCCCAAAAACUACGAAUACCUCUGACAGUCAUGUCUCGAUGAGUCCGGUUUCUACCACAAACAUAUCCCGAAUUCCUCGCGUUGGCAUAACAAAUAAGGAACAGAAAUCAUCUCGUUUGCCCGCCCUGAAGCGAGCAAAGUCUGUAGUAGGGACCAUGCGAUCAAAAGCAGAGGUCCCCGUAGACAUGCCUGUGGUAUUGAAUGAGAUAAUUCGGGCCAAUACUCCCAUGUCCAUCACUUCAGGUGGUCAUUCGGACGAAAAUACGCAUACAGAUCCCGUCGACUCUCAGCAGCAGAAUCUUGACCUCGAAACGAAUCAAGAGGGAAGUUCCUGGAAUGUUAUUUCUGAAGGCAGUCAGGCAGUGCGCGCUCGUUCCCAUACGUCAGCUGAGCCAACGGACCAUGUCGGAAUUGGUUUGCGUCAGGAUGAGAGCCGUCAUCCUGAAUCCGACCUAUUUAAACUAUGUGGGUAUCCAGGCCACGUCCCAAGUACUCCACCAUAUUUGAAGACUUUCCACAGGGCUGCAAGAAGCUCUUUUGAGCAAGAAUCUCGGAAUGAAGUGGAACCGACGCUUAUGGAUUCUGCGAUAGUUUACAGCCUUAGAAAAACGGAUGACUUUGGCAAUAUUUGCAUAGAUGGUGCCUCCAACCACGUAGGUUCUACAGUUUCCGAACAUGUACAUGUUGGUGAAAAUGCUGAGCCGACACAUGGAACCGAUGAGGGCGGUACAUCUAGCCCUAGGAACCAAGGCGACAAUGAACAUCCAGCACACACUAGUAUAUGCUCGGAUCUUCGCCCGACUGCUACUGAAUUUGUACCCAAAAUGAUGUUUACAUCUGGCUCGUCCGAGCGUGCGACCGACCCCACACCUAUAGCUCCCCUUCAAGAUGUUCCUGGCCUCCCAGACAUGACGGUGCUCGAUAGAAAUGGCAUCCCGUUUCUCUGGUACAUGUACGGCAUCCAGUUUGCCUACGAACAGGGUUUCAGGAAUGGCCGGCCCAAGUCUCCCCGGAAGUUCAAGCCUAAGAAAAUACGCGGUCUAGCAUUGUCAUCUGACGAUGCUCCGCACACCCGUCCUCAUGAUAAUCCUGUUGUUGUAAUGAGAAAACUGGAUUCAAUGCCUGCACCAGCAAAGCAGGAGGUGCCCUCUACAGAGCUUGUGUUGCGCCCGACUGUACCUGCUCACGACCCCUGCCCUGUUUACAGUCAAGAAACAAUUCAGCCAAACUCCCAAGAUGACGGACCAAUGCAUGAAGCUUGCGGUACAGUGACAAACCAGCCUUUCACAAGACAAUUCGAUAAGAUCGCCGAGUACACUGGUACCAGGGGCAACAAUACUCCCCGCCACUACAACAUUGACUUCACCAAGAUACAAAACGCCGGUUUUCCCACUGGUCCACGCAGCAUGCAGGGUCACGUAUACCACAACCCGUCUCGAUACGACUAUCGGAAUCACCGUCGUCUCGGAAACGGUUUGUAUGGUGGUCGAGGCAAUGCCGCUGGCAUUCCCAUUGGAGCUACCGCGCCAUUUCCCAAUCCGGUCCCUCCUCAAGGUCGUCCGGAUCAGAUGCACAACCACAAUGGAGGCGCGAGCGACUGUACUGAGUACUCUAUUGGAAUGGAGGCAUGCGGCAUGAUCGAUAUAGUAUCUGCGACUGAAUUGAUUGGUGGUCGACCAUGCAAUGCGUGUGAUCCUAGCCACUAG